CUGGAUACAGACAACAACAGUUACUGAACCGGACCGCAUUUCUGCUCGCAAUCAGCUAUGGGUGUAGUCUGAGACACAGUAGCGCACCGCAGUAUACCUCGAAGUUUUAUCCUCAUGAAGGAGCUCCGUCCGGGCUGAGUUUGGGAGAUGGGAGUACUCAACAUUGCAGACCAGCCUCCUCUGGUCCAGGCCAUCUUCAAUCGUAAUGCUGAAGAAGUUCAAGUAUUAUUGCACAAAAAGGAGGAUGUCAAUGCACUGGACCAAGAGCGCCGUACGCCACUUCAUGCUGCUGCCUGUGUGGGGGACGUCCAUAUAAUGGACCUCCUCAUUGAAUCAGGUGCCAGUGUAAAUGCUAAAGACCAUAUAUGGUUGACCCCGUUGCACAGAGCGGCUGCUUCCAGGAAUGAAAGGGCAGUGGGUCUGCUGCUGAGGCGCGGAGCCGAGGCGAACGCAAGAGACAAGUUCUGGCAGACGCCGCUGCACGUGGCUGCUGCCAACCGAGCCACGCGCUGCGCAGAGGCCCUGCUAACCCAGCUGAGCAACCUGAACAUGGCAGAUCGCACCGGCAGAACUGCCCUGCACCAUGCAGCUCAGAGUGGGUUCCAGGAGAUGGUGAAGCUGCUGCUGAACAAAGGGGCCAACCUGAGUGCCAUCGAUAAGAAGGAGAGACAGCCUAUCCAUUGUGCUGCUUACUUGGGACAUGUGGAUGUUGUGAAGUUGCUGGUGUCCCGCAGUGCUGAUAAGAGCUGCAAGGAUAAGCAGGGCUACACGCCUCUCCAUGCUGCUGCUGCGAGUGGUCACAUCGAAAUUGUAAAGUACCUACUGAGGAUGGGGGCAGAGAUUGACGAGCCCAACGGCUUUGGAAACACUGCGCUUCAUGUGGCUUGCUACAUGGGGCAGGAGGCUGUCGCUACGGAGCUGGUGAACCACGGAGCCAACGUUAACCAGCCCAACAAGUGUGGCUACACCCCUCUGCACCUGGCUGCCGUCUCCACCAACGGUGCCCUCUGUCUGGAGUUGCUGGUCAACAAUGGGGCAGAUGUCAACCAGCAGAGCAAAGAAGGGAAGAGCCCCCUGCACAUGGCAGCCAUUCACGGACGUUUCACACGCUCUCAGAUCCUCAUCCAAAACGGUGGGGAAAUUGAUUGUGUGGAUAAGUAUGGCAAUACUCCUCUCCACGUUGCUGCUAAGUACGGCCAUGAACUGCUGAUCAGCACUCUGAUGACCAACGGAGCAGACACGGCCAGACGUGGGAUUCAUGGAAUGUUCCCCUUGCACUUAGCGGUGCUGUACGGGUUUUCAGACUGUUGUCGCAAGUUACUCUCCUCAGGUCAGCUGUAUAGUAUAGUUUCAUCUAUGAGUAAAGAGCAUGUACUAUCAGCUGGGUUUGACAUAAACACCCCUGACAACUUUGGGAGGACCUGUCUACACGCUGCUGCCUCUGGAGGAAAUGUUGAAUGUCUGAACUUGCUUUUAAGUAGCGGUACUGACUUGAAUAAGAGGGACAUAAUGGGAAGGACACCGUUGCACUAUGCGGCUGCUAAUGGGAGGUACCAGUGCACUGUGACCCUGGUGAGCGCUGGCGCUGAGGUCAACGAGCCUGACCAGACAGGCUGUACUCCCCUGCACUACUCUGCUGCCUCCCAAGCCUUCAGCAGAGUUGAUCGUCAUUUUUCUGGGAACCAUCAGAAUGACGAGGAUGAAGCGAAGGAGUCAUACUUCUGCUUGGAGCAUCUUUUGGACAAUGGUGCUGAUCCAUCGAUGGUCAACUCAAAGGGUUACAGCGCCGUUCAUUAUGCAGCUUACCAUGGCAACAAGCAGAACCUGGAGCUGCUCCUGGAGAUGUCAUUUAAUGCACUAGGAGACAUAGAGAGCAGCAUUCCAGUCAGUCCACUCCAUCUUGCUGCCGAUAAGGGUCACUGGCAGGCACUGCGCGUGCUGACGGAGACCGCGGCCUACGUGGACAUGCAGGAUGCAGCGGGCCGCUCCGUGCUCUACCUGGCCGCCCAGAAAGGCUACGCCCGCUGCGUGGAGGUGCUUCUGGCUCAGGGGGCCUCCUGUCUGCUCAACGACAACCAUCUCAUGUGGACGCCCAUUCAUGUUGCAGCUGCCAACGGCCACUCGGACUGUCUGCCCAUGAUGAUCGAUUACGGGGAGGAGGGGGAUCUCCCCAACGUGGCUGACAAAUUUGGACAGACCCCUCUAAUGUUGGCUGUUCUCGGAGGUCACACAGACUGUGUGCACUACCUGCUGGAGAAGGGUGCCUUGCCAGAUGCCAAGGACAAGAGGGGCAGCACAGCUUUGCACAGAGGGGCGGUGUUGGGCCAUGACGACUGUGUGACGGCCCUGCUGGAGCACAAAGCGUCUGCUUUAUGUCGGGACACCCAGGGUAGGACACCGCUGCACUACGCCGCAUCCAGAGGCCACACGGAGAUCCUGGCCAGUCUGGUGCAGGCCGCCAUGGCUGCAGACCCACAAGAUAAAUUGCUGGACAACAAACAAUACACCCCAUUACACUGGGCUGCUUACAAAGGGCAUGAAGACUGUUUGGAGGUUUUACUUGAAUUUAAAACAUUUAUCCAUGAAGAGGGAAACCCUUUCACCCCCCUGCACUGUGCUCUGAUGAAUGGCCACAGCGGUGCUGCAGAGAGACUGCUGGAAUCUGCUGGGGUCCACAUGAUUAACACCAGAGAUGCCAAAGGAAGGACCCCACUGCAUGCUGCUGCGUUCGAUGAAGAUGUCGCAGGACUUCAGCUGGUGCUUCGCCACGGGGCAGACAUCAACGCAGUGGACAAAAGUGGACGCUCUGCCCUGAUGGUGGCUGCCGACAAGGGACACAGUGGCACUGUGGCCAUCCUCCUUCACCGGGCCAAGGCUGACCUGACACUGCUGGAUGAGAACAGGAACACUGCCCUACACUUGGCCUGCAGCAAGGCCCAUGAGAUGUGUGCCCUGCUGAUUCUGGGUGAAAUCCACAGCCCCACUCUCAUAAACGCCACCAACAGUGCUCUGCAAAUGCCCCUCCAUCUCGCAGCACGUAACGGUCUGGCUACGGUGGUGCAGGCACUGCUGAGUAGAGGAGCCACAGUGCUGGCUGUGGACGAGGAAGGACACACCCCAGCUCUGGCCUGUGCUCCCAACAAGGACGUGGCUGACUGCCUGGCUCUGAUCCUCUCCACCAUGAAGCCUUUCCCCCAGCGGGACCCUUCCUCCUGCUCCUGCUCCUCUCCCGCCGUCUCCUCCUCUCCGGGUCUCAACUUGCUGAAGCACUGCGGCAUCACGGCCGCCUGCGCCCCCCUGCCCAGCAACGGCCUCCACAACGGCUACGUCAAAGACCGUCACGGCGCACCGGUCGGCCUGGACGGGUGUCUGUCUGAGUGAGGUCUGGCGACCACCAAAACCCCCCCACCUCAGUCAGCUGCUAUCACCAUCAUCACCACCAGGGGGCGACUCCCUUUAACAUGGCCCAGAGGACCAGGAGAGCACCCACCCCACAUGUCUGUUUUCUGUGUAUGUAUGUGUUUGUGCGUGCGUGUGUGUGUGUCUCUGUGUGUGUGCGUGUGUGCGUGUGUGUGUGUGAGUGUUUGGUCUUCUCUUGAGGUGCAGUCAAACCUAAUAUGCAAUUAGAUCCCAUUCCUCCAUCUCCUGGUAGUGCUUAAUACGUAGAGGCAGACUGCUCUACAAGGUCACUCAGAUGAAGUGUGGCAUUCAAAAACAACCACUUAGCAAUCUGGCCAUCUCUAAACCAUUUAACCCUUUAAAACCAUGUCCACGUUAUUAUAUAACCAACAUCUAAGAGCAUGGAAGCGUCUGUAACCUCAGCUGUCUUUUCUCUCCAUAUCAUUCAGUAUAAAAGUCAUAUCACGUCGAAUUAGUUGUGGUGACCUUGUAGAGGAACAUACUGCCUUCCCAAAAGAAUGAUCAAAGAGUUUUUCUUUGCUUGUUUUUUUGAUGAUUAUUAUAAUUUUUUUUUUCUUUUCUUUUUUUUUUUCUGUUUUUAAUCGUCCGUUUAGCCUAGAUUUUUAUGAAGGAACCACACAAGGGAAAAAAAAAAAUAAUAAUCUGAAUUUCUUUGCGAAAGAGUGCAAUGCUUGUGUACUACAGUACAAUCUGAAAUUUGGAAAAGGGUCACAAAGAUGUUAAUUCCAUAGUGUACUUAAAAUGUACGGCCUAGAAUUGUUUGGCAUUCUGAGAUAAUUUGGUAAUGCUGCUGAAUACAUUAGCAUGUCUCCUUCCAAAGGAGAGCCAUGUUCGGGUCUGCGUUGUAACAUCGACUUGUUUCCUAACGCCGACUUCAUUUUUUUAAAGAUGCUAAAUAAGUGUUUGUUAAGCUAGAAUGUUUCUAAGCAUAUAAGUUAUGACCAAAGUUGAUCAACACUACUAUGGCUAUAAAUUAUUUAUUUGAGAUGAACUGUACUGUAUAGAGAAAGACAAUAGAUCUUGAUAUACCUCGUCAACUCGUUUAGCAGCUGCUUCAUCUUCACCCAGGGUCCGUAGGCCUAAUGUUCUCUUUUUGUAGGACUAGAGAACUACUGUAGGAUAGUGACUGACUGAGGCCUUGUUUAUUUCUAGAUGAAGGCUUUACUAGUAAUAUCUGCCAACAACACCUCAUCGAAGCAUCAUAUAUCUGAGCACAUAAAUGAACAAGCCAUUUCAAUUUAUUUCCCAUCUCUUUAACAGUGUUUUUUGGAG